CGUACUACUACUAGAUAGAGACCGCUUUUCUUCCAAGCUCCCUAGUUAGAAUGGGUUGUGUCUCUUCUCGGCUGGGUCAGACGUUUAUCCCUCUCCUGAAUGCUCCGCUUUUGCAGCUCCCAUAAAUGACAAGAUGCAGGGAGGUUUUCCCAUCCGGACGAAUAAGCUCUUCGGCAGUGUCGUUUCCGGAACUGGUUGUUGUUUUCCGACGGAACUCUCAGAGUGAACACCCCGGGGCAAGAUGGCGGUCGGGCCUCGGCCGCUGCCCCGGGUCUGGCAGAACUCGGGGGUAUUGGGCUGAAGCGGUGGUAACUGCGGCCUCGAUCCCGAGCGCCGGGGCCUCGAGCGGAUAAAGGUCUACGGCCUAAAAGGAAAUUGAGGCGUACAGAGGAUAAGGAACUUGGCCAAAUGAGAAAGAAUCAGAACUGAAAAAACCAAAGGCUGCUUUGAUCCAGGUCUUUCUCUGCUAUACACAGCCUUUUCUUUGAUCAUCCAGGGCAUUUAGCAGAAAAAGACAAGCUCCUCUGAGAAGCCGCCCUCAGCCGUGAGUCCUGAGUAAGAUCACUAAUGAUUACCUGACAUUUCUGCGUCACCAGCAGGUCCUCAGGGUUUGUGCAAGUUUGCAAAAUGUUCACCGUUUCUCAGACCUCGAGAGCUUGGUUCAUCGACAGAGCCCGUCAGGCUCGAGAGGAAAGGCUGGUGCAGAAGGAACGAGAACGGGCGGCUGUGGAGAUUCAGGCCCACAUACGGAGCUUUCUCUGUCGGCGUCGGCUGCAAAGAGAAAUCAGGAGAGAGAUUGAUGAGUUUUUUAAAGCAGAAGACUCUGGGUCCAGUAAAAGAAGCGCACUUUGUAUUUUUAAGAUUGCCAGGAAACUGCUGUUCUUGUUCAGAAUUAAAGAGGAUAAUGAGAGAUUUGAGAAGUUGUGUCGCUGCAUCCUGAGCAGCAUGGAAGCUGAGAAUGAACCCAAGGUGUGGUACGUGUCCCUGGCUCUUUCCAAGGAUCUCACUCUCCUAUGGAUUAAACAGAUCAAAGACAUCCUGUGGUAUUGCUGUGAGUUUCUUGAGCAGCUCAAGCCGGAAAUUUUACAAGACUCCAAACUCAUCACCCUGUACCUCACGAUGCUUGUCACCUUCACAGACACUUCAACGUGGAAAAUUCUCCGGGGAAAAGGUCACGACACCAGUGUGGCAGGUGGCGCUUGGAAGGAGGAGCCCAGGAGAAGCGAGGUGCAGUGGGGUGAGAGGCCCUGCCUUGUGUGGGGCUCAGGCUUUCCUGAAGAAGCGGUGUCUGAGCUGAGAGCUGGAGGGAGAGGUGAGAGUCUUCGACCAGCCAUGAACCACAUCUGUGCAAACAUAAUGGGCCAUCUCAACCAGCGUGGAUUCUACCCUGUUCUGCAGAUCCUGCUAACCCGUGGCCUGGCGAGACCCCGGCCUUGUCUAUCCAAAGGCAUUUUAACGGCCGCCUUUUCCCUAGCGAUGCGCCCCGUGCUUGCUGCACAAUUUUCAGACAAUCUAAUCCGGCCGUUCCUCAUCCACAUCGUGUCCGUGCCCGCCCUCGUGACUCAUCUCAGCACCGUGACCCCCGAGCGCCUCACUGUUUUAGAAUCUCAUGACAUGCUUCGUAAAUUCAUCGCAUUUUUAAGAGAUGAAGAUCGAUGCUGUGAUGUGUGUGAAAGCUUGGAAGGAUGCCAUACGCUUUGUCUCAUGGGCAACCUCCUGCAGUUGGGCUCCCUCAGCCCCAGGGUGUUAGAGGAGGAGACAGACGGCUUCGUGAGUCUGCUCACCCAGAUGCUGUGCUACUGUCAGAAGUACGUGUCCCAGAAGAAGUCCAACCUGACCCACUGGCACCCCGUCCUCGGCUGGUUCUCCCAGUCCGUGGAUUACGGCCUCAACGAGUCCAUGCCCUUGAUCACCAAGCAGCUGCAGUUCCUGUGGGGGGUGCCUCUCAUCCGGGUCUUCUUCAGCGACAUCCUGAGCAAGAAGCUGCUGGAGACCCAGGAGCCGGCCCACGCGCCGCCGGCCUCCCCACAGAACGUGCUGCCCGUGAAGACUCUCCUAAAGCGAGCGUUUCAGAAGUCAGCGUCAGUCCGCAACAUCCUGAGGCCCGUCGGGGGCAAGCGUGUGGACUCCGCGGAGGCGCAGAAGGUCUGCAGGGUCUGCGUCCUGUACCAGACUUCGCUGGCGACUCUCACCCAGAUCCGGCUGCAGGUCCUCACAGGUCUCACUUACCUCGAUGACCUGCUGCCCAAACUGUGGGCAUUUAUCUGUGAGCUGGGGCCCCACGGAGGGCUGAAGCUCUUCUUGGAGUGCCUCAACAAUGACACGGAGGAGUCUAAGCAGCUUCUGGCCAUGCUGAUGCUGUUCUGUGACUGUUCCCGGCACCUCAUCACGAUCCUCGAUGACAUUGAAGUUUAUGAAGAACAGAUUUCAUUCAAACUGGAAGAGCUGGUCACCAUCUCUUCUUUUCUGAACUCCUUUGUGUUUAAGAUGAUCUGGGAUGGAAUCGUAGAGAACGCCAAGGGCGAGACCCUGGAGUUGUUCCAGUCCGUCCACGGGUGGCUGAUGGUGCUGUACGAGCGGGACUGCCGGCGGCGCUUCGCGCCUGAGGACCACUGGCUGCGAAAGGAUCUCAAGCCCAGCGUGCUCUUCCAGGAACUUGACAAGGACAGAAAGCGGGCCCAGCUGAUCCUGCAGUACAUCCCACACGUCAUUCCUCACAGAAACAGAGUUCUCCUGUUCCGAAACAUGGUAACCAAGGAGAAGGAGAAACUGGGGCUUGUGGAAACCAGCUCGGCCUCCCCUCACGUCACCCACAUCACCAUCCGCCGGUCCCGGAUGCUGGAGGACGGCUACGAGCAGCUCCGGCAGCUCUCACAGCACGCCAUGAAGGGCGUCAUCCGCGUCAAGUUUGUCAACGACCUCGGGGUGGACGAGGCCGGGAUUGAUCAAGACGGUGUUUUCAAGGAGUUCUUGGAAGAGAUCAUCAAGAGAGUGUUCGACCCAGCACUCAAUCUGUUCAAGACGACCAGUGGAGACGAGAGACUCUACCCUUCGCCCACGUCCUACAUCCAUGAGAAUUACCUACAGCUCUUUGAGUUUGUGGGCAAGAUGCUGGGGAAGGCGGUGUACGAGGGAAUCGUGGUCGACGUGCCCUUCGCAUCCUUCUUCCUGAGCCAGCUGCUCGGGCACCACCACAGCGUCUUCUACAGCUCUGUGGAUGAGCUGCCCUCUCUGGACUCGGAGUUCUACAAAAACCUCACAUCCAUCAAGCGGUACGAUGGGGACAUCGCUGACUUGGGCCUGACGCUUUCAUAUGAUGAGGAUGUCAUGGGUCAGCUUGUUUGCCAUGAACUGGUUCCUGGAGGGAAGACCAUUCCUGUUACAAAUGAAAAUAAAAUUAGCUACAUCCAUCUGAUGGCCCACUUUCGAAUGCACACGCAAAUCAAGAACCAGACAGCUGCCCUCAUUAGCGGCUUCCGUUCCAUCAUCAAGCCUGAGUGGAUCCGGAUGUUCUCGACCCCUGAGCUACAGCGACUCAUCUCUGGGGACAACGCCGAGAUCGAUCUGGAAGAUCUGAAGAAGCACACGGUGUACUACGGAGGUUUCCAUGGGAGCCACAGGGUCAUCAUCUGGCUCUGGGAUAUCCUUGCCUCUGACUUCACGCCUGAUGAGAGAGCCAUGUUUCUGAAGUUUGUGACGAGCUGUUCCCGGCCCCCACUUCUGGGAUUCGCCUACCUCAAGCCUCCUUUCUCCAUCCGCUGUGUCGAAGUGUCGGAUGAUCAGGACACGGGGGACACCCUGGGCAGCGUCCUCCGGGGCUUCUUCACCAUCCGCAAGCGGGAGCCGGGCGGCCGCCUGCCCACCUCCUCCACCUGCUUCAACCUGCUCAAGCUGCCCAACUACAGCAAGAAGAGCGUCCUGCGGGAGAAGCUACGCUACGCCAUCAGCAUGAACACGGGCUUUGAGCUCUCCUAGCCCCCACCCUGCCGACUCGAGGCUCCCAGGCAGCCUCGGCCCUUCUCUAUAGCCAUGAGACGCCCCUGUGGCCUCAAGAACUUGGAUGCACAUGAGGACACGACCCAGCGCUCUCCAGAUGACACUAACGGGAAGCGGGUGUUGGAAAUAAACCUCCAGACUCGGCCAUCAUCAGUCCCUCUUUCCUGCUUUCCAAGGGCCUCAUGCCUGGGCCUGUGACGGCAGCCGGGCUUCUCUUUUUGAUAGUCUGGUCUUUUUGUGAGUCUUUCUGGUCCUUAACUUCCUGAGCAAGCCGUGCAUGAACAAGUCCCAGGAACCCCCAGGCUCCAGAGUGGUUUUCAGGGUGUGGGCCUGAACCCACCAAGCCAACCAGGCGGGAGAUGCUUCCCUUCUGUUUCUGAAAACUCUCAGGUAAGGCCUCACCACGCCUCUAUGCACCCGACAGUCUCGACCUCCAGCCCUUCCGCGGCGGGCUCUCUGCAGCCAGCCAGGCCCGCCGGCUCCCAGGGCAGCAGAGGCACCUGCCAGGGAGACCAUGGGGCACCGGGGGCUGGGGGUGCUGUUCCCACCUGGGAGCCCCGUGUUCCCACAGCGGCGGCCCCCUGCCCGCUCUCCCCUCAGGGGCUCCCGAGUCCUCGGCAGCCCGCUUCCAUCUUGGGCACUCACGUCGGCAUCCUGAGCUUGGGAGAGAGAACCCGUCAGUCCUUAAGAGCAGCUGUUUCCAGCAGGCGCUGGUUGCUUGUUGGCCACCCUUAUAGUCCAGCGAGGGACACAAACCAGCUGAAGGUCCCUGUCCUGUCUGGCAGUGGCUUCACCCCAUAGAUGGUAGAAGUCCUCAGAAACGUGGGUCUUGCUCCCCGUCCUUCCUCGGCACCGGGAGCCCUUGACGCUGAUGGGGGCUCACAAGGCCGAGGAAUCGUGAGGGCACUCCAGGCUGGUGUUUGGUGUUGCGCUUUGUUUUCUUGUCCAACCCGUUGAACUCAUCUGCCGUCACCUUCACCUUUGUCACGAGAACUGUGCUCCAGAUCCAGGGAAUCGAGGCAGAAGCCUUGUUAGUGUCUGUGUAGACAGCCAUGCUCCCUCACCCGCCUCACCACACUCCCUGUGUGUCCCUGCCACCCAGACUGAAGCCAGACGAGAGGUCAGGAGUGCCCGGUCCCUCAGCCCUGCGGAGCCAGUGGAGGGCACGCCAUAUAACUCUCCUCCAAGCAGAGAGGAAAAAAAAAAAAAAAAAACCCUUCCAGAAAGAACCUUCGUGUUGGCGGCAAAGCAGGCAGGACCUAUCUCUGUGGCCCCUGGCAGGGGGUCUCAGCCAGGUAGUGGCGUCCUGCCCAGGCCCAGGCUGGCCCUGUUAGAGCCCCAGGCUUCUAAAAACCAGAGUGCGUGUUUUCCCUGAUGGGAAGACGGCAAGAAAUCUAAGGACAGGCAGGAAUUUGUUAUUAUUAUUUAAGAUAUGUUAGUAACCUCAGAUUCUGUGGACUUGCCACUGUCUAAACACUCAGUUGCUUUGAAACUCUCUUCUACACGUGUGUGUUGUGCUCUGGGCAGGUGGGUACGUUUGUGCCGGGGCCUGAAGGGCCGUCAGCUACAUGAAGAGGUGUGCUGUGCGUUCCCUAGGAGUCCGCCAGGUGGGAUCGCAGAGUGGUUUCUGUGCGCCAACGUCAGCGCCGCCCUUUUGAUGAAGAGGGGUAGUUUGUAAUUCGUUUAACUUCCUGCUGGCAGAAUUGCGCUAAUGAAGCCCCGAAUCUGUCCUUCUGUAGCUGGUGUUCACAGACAUCGUGAUGGCUCUUAAUGGCUCUAAAAAGUUGUGGGGGAUGGGGUUGUUUUCAUAGAUAACUUAUGGAUUAAAACAUGAUCAAAGACUUUAUUAAAUUUGUAUUUCAGCACA